UGGUCGGGUUGCUUUGUUUUGCAUUUUACUUCACUUUGUCGCAGUCAGACAAACCAAGUGGACUAUCUCAAGGUAUAUACUGAAGGAUGUGCUGCUACAGUAAAAGAACUACUAAAGAAAGUCAAUGACAAGACAGGAGAAAGUCAAGUUAAGGUCAUAGAAGCAAUGGAAGAUAUCUGCAAUCUACAGAAUUUCAGAGCUUAUGAAUAUUCACCUCCAAAAACUGGUCAAGCUUGCAAACAUCUGAUUGAGAACUACGAUGAGGAAAUCGAAAAUAUCCUUGUUGAACAAAAGGAUGUUGACUUUGAACAAAAGAUUUGUUUUGAUCUCACAAAAGCAUGCGAGGGAGUUGAUCGAACAAAGAAAGAAAAAGAAGAACUGGAGGUCAACAUUAAUGACAAAAAACAAAAAGUUCAGUCAGGUAAUGGACCCGAGCACUUUCAUGUGAACAUUAACGAAGAAGGUGCCGCUGAAAAGCUGGUGAAUCAAAUAAACAUGGCAGUUGGUGAAAAAAAGAAAAGCGAAGAUGUGGAUGGUGAUGGUAAGGCAGAUGAUGAAAGUGAUGAAGAAGAUGAUGAAGAUGAUGAAAGUGAUGAAGAAGAUGAUGAAGAAGAUGCUGAAACUUUAAUUGAUCAAGCAAAAAAUCAAAAAACCGAGUUAUAGUCAAAAUGAUCAUCUUGUUUAAAAUAACAAGUUAGGAAAUGUACAUAGUCAGAACAACUAAGCCUAAUGUGCUUACUAUAUUACCAUUAUAAAGUAGAUAAAUACUUUGUUAAAGUUCCUAUUAAAAUGACCUAGAGAUUA